AUGACCCUGCUUGAGCAGGAGGUUGGACCAGCGUCCCGCUGUGGUCCAUUCCAACCCGACCGGCUCUAUGAUUCUGUGACCUGGUCAUUCCCGCUCUCCCCAGCUCCAUCCCCGGAGCCGUGGCUGCCUGCGCUGGGACAGGCGGGACCCCGCCGCUCACCGAGCACCAGGCCGCGCUCGCAGCCCGCCGCCCCCGGCCCUCUCCGCCGCCGCCCUCAGCCCUCCCCGCCGCACGGCAGGCGCAGCGCCCGCCCCCAGCACCUCUCACCCGGGAAGCGGAAGGCGCUCCCGAUGCCGCCGGUUCCGAGGAGUCCCCAGGGGCACGGGCGGGCGCUGGAAGCGCUCCGCUCCCCGCCGUGA